AUGUUUUCUCUUUGGGUUAUAAGCUGUAAAAGUGCUUCACCGAAUUCUCGAUGUAAGCUGAGGCGAUACACGCAUAAUGCUGUACAAACAGAUUUUAAUGGAUUACGUUGCUGGGAUGAAGUCGACAUCAUGUCAUGUUGGGGAUACUGCUUAUCUUACGAGACGGCAGAUUGGCAAUUCCCCUACAAAGUAUCCUUUCAUCCAGUUUGCGUGCACGGAGAGAGGAAGCACGCUUCAGUCAAGUUACGGAAUUGCGACCCUGGCGUGGAACCCGGUACAGAACUGUAUCAUUACGUAGAAGCAGCCUACUGCAAGUGCCAGGCAUGUUCUUCUGAAGACACAAGCUGCGAAUGGCUGCCGCCAGAUUAUUCUCUUCUCAACGAAAACUCAAUCGCAGAACAAAUGGAGGAUAAGAAAUAAAUUUAAUAAGCACCGAGGCUAAUUAACGUGACACUAACA